CACGACCUCACUUGGGGCUGGAAGCCAUGGCAACCCGACGGGUUUUUACUGCCAAUGGGCCAAAAAUCUUGAAGACAAGUAUUGCAUCGCAACGUGUUUCUCAGUGGUACAUACGGAACAGCUUCUUUUCGACUGGAAAUCAAAGAAACGAUUCCAAAUUCGACGAAUGGAUUCCACCUGAACAACCCCUAUCAGGAGACAAGGGUCAAUCCCAUCUGUACGUGACGCCACGGAUGGAGCAAGACGAUGAAGAUGUUGAUGAAGAAGAGGCUCUUCGUCGGUUGGAAGUAGCUCUGCAAAAGCUAGACGAGGAAGAGGCACGAUCGAAACAAGAACAUCACGCUUCUGAUGGCACUGGAGCAAAGGGUGAAGAGACUGUUGAUUGGUUGCAAACCCGAAGGUCUGUUCUUGGCGAUGACGGAUUCGAUAUGGUCAAGCCAUCGGAAGCAGCUUUGAAGAUUCAGCAAGCGUCGGAUAUAGCUGUCAAAGAAUUCACUCUGUUCACAAAGGAUGAAAUUGCUGCGUGUUUGAAAGCACUAGGUGGUCGAGAUAUUAUCGUCGUUCUAGACGAUCCUAAGAAAAAACGAUUUGGCGGUGCUGUUAUUGGAAUGAUCAUCGUCACCGGAACAAGUACUGUCCAAUUGCGCAAACUCGCCGAUGCCCUUGUUCGCCAGUUGCGUCGGCGCAAGCUGCAAGAGCGUGGUGUCGUAGGAGCGCAACUCGGAGCCGAAUGCUCGGACGAUCCCAACGAAGGGUGGGUCGUCGUUGACUGCCACAACUAUAUCGUUCACCUACAGGACGAAAGAAUGCGUCGAGCACUUAAAUUAGAGGCUUUGUGGACUGGUCGAGAUCGUUUGUACGAUCUCAACAUAGCGGACGAGGAUGAGGUUGACAAAUAUGUAGCUGAAAACCCUGUGCCGGAAGGCUACGAGAGGACUGUCUUCGACUGGGAUACUAGACUCCGAGAACUACAGAAAAAUCGAUGGGUGUCGCCCAAUAAGCCGCUUGUUCCAAAGAAGCGGACAAGAAAAACACGAAAACGAUAG